AUGUAUCGCUUCACGAACAUUUAUGUUUUGGCUGCCUUUGGCACUAUUGGUGGCGCCCUCUUCGGUUUCGAUAUCAGCUCCAUGAGUGCUUGGUUGGGGACGGAACAAUAUACGACCUACUUCAACCAUCCGGGUUCUGAUCUGCAAGGUGGUAUCACUGCAUCGAUGAGUGGAGGAUCACUACUUGGUGCUCUCCUUGCUGGUUUCAUUGCCGAUCGCCUAGGACGGAAAAUUGCCCUCCAAAUUGCCUGCGUCAUCUUCGUCGUCGGCUGCGCCAUCGUGUGCUCUUCGCAAAACGUGGGCCAACUCAUCGCAGGAAGAAUCGUCAAUGGAUUCUCGAUUGGAAUUUGCUCGUCACAAGUCUGCGUCUACCUUGCCGAACUAUCCCCAUCAGCCAUUCGAGGAAGAAUUGUAGGAAUUCAACAAUGGAGCAUCGAAUGGGGCAUCCUCAUCAUGUAUCUGAUCUGCUACGGAUGCGCGCAGACAGUCGAAGGACCAGCUGCUUUCCGCAUCGCGUGGGGCGUGCAAGGUUUUCCCGCCAUCGUCUUGUUCCUGGCACUAUUCUGCUUUCCCGAGUCUCCGAGAUGGCUCGCAGCAAACGAGCGCUGGGAAGAAUGUCUCAGCGUGCUGGCGGAUUUGCACGGUAAAGGAGAUCGAUCCCAUCCUGUCGUGCUGGCCGAGUUUGAGGAGGUACAAGAGGCGCAGCGCAUUGCAGCUCAGGCUGCAGGAGUGGGCUUCCUGAGUCUCUUUGGACCAAAAAUCUGGAAGAGAACUUUGGCUGGUACCUCUGUGCAAGCUUGGCAACAAUUGUUAGGUGGAAAUGUCGCCAUGUACUACGUCGUGUACAUUUUCCAGAUGGCAGGCCUCUCUGGCAAUACCAACCUCUAUUCUUCCGCCAUCCAAUACGUGAUCUUCCUGGUCACGACGGGUGUCAUGCUCCCCAUCAUCGAUCGUGUCGGUCGCAGACAACUUCUCCUCGGCGGUGCAGUGACUUGUAUGACGCUUCACUUCGCCACCGCGGGCGUCAUGGCGACCUAUGGAAGACCUGUGCCCGAAGUAUUUGGCAACGCCAAUCUCCGUCUGGAACUCGAUCCCACUCCCGGAAAAGCAGUGAUUGCUCUGAGCUACAUUUUCACGGGUAUUUAUGGCCUCACUUGGGCUCCGACGGGCUGGAUCUAUUGCUCAGAGGUAUUUCCUCUGAAAUAUCGUGCCAAAGGUGUUGGUCUGUCUGCUGCUACGAAUUGGUACGUGGCCUUCAACUUCGCCCUCGCCUACUUCCUCCCGCCCGCCUUCAAAAACAUCACCUGGAAAACGUACAUCAUCUUCGGCAUUUUCUGCUUCGUCAUGACCUUUCACAUCUUCUUCACCUACCCGGAAACCGCGCGAAAGACUCUCGAGGAAAUUGACUUAUUGUUCGAUUCCAAAAUCCCCGCAUGGAAAUCUGCGGGAGUAAAAUCUAAUUCUCUCGAAACGCGAGCUGCUGAGAUUGAAAAGGGGAGUGUGAAUGAUGAUGAUGAUGAUGUGGUGGAGAGAACAAGGGGGCGGGAUGGUGAGAAGAGGCAAGUUGUGCGGCAGGUGGAGCAUGCGUAG